AUGUCGGCCCUUCUCGACGACCAUCAUACGUACGCUCCUCUGGCUUAUGACCCUACAAGCAGACUACAAACCAAACUCCAAAAAUUGCUGGCCAGGCUGUUCAAGUUGGUCCCUCCACACCACGUGGGUCUCUAUCACCAUUUGCUCUGCACGAACGGAUCAGCCCCUGCAAUCUACGGCCUGCCAAAAGUCCACAAGCCUGACGUCCCACUUCCUCCUAUCGUCGACUUCACCAGAUCACCGCUCUACCAACUAUCGGGCUACCUUCACCAGGUGUUGAGCCCUCUUGCCGGUAAGACCUCGACGCACGUCGAAAACUCAUCCGCAUUUGUAGCAAAGAUAACGGACAUCACGUUGAGUGAAGAUGACGCCUUGGUCUCGUUCGACAUUACAUCGCUUUUCACUAGUAUCCCAGUGGAUUUGGCAGUAGCCACAUGCAAAGAAGCCCUAGAAGCAGACAGUGGUCUUCCUGGUCGCACCCCCUUCGACGUCCACGAACUCAGCGAGCUGCUGCGGUUUUGUCUAAGCAACACAUAUUUUUCUUAUGGUGGCAGCCUUUAUCAGCAAACGCAUGGCACGGCAAUGGGAGCGUCAAUAUCGGUCACCACGGCCAAUCUAGUAAUGGAAGCCUUGGAAGGGAAAGUGCUGGCCACAUUCAACCCGGCACCUAAAGUUUUUUACCGCUACGUGGAUGACUGUUUCUGUAUUUUGAAGAAACAAGACAUCCAACGCUUCCUGGACUGCCUGAACGCCCAAAAUGCGCACAUACAAUUCACUGUGGAACACGAGAGGGACAACUCGUUGCCUUUCUUGGAUCUACUGGUUCGUCGGGAUGGGGACGCUCUCGCCUUCUCGGUAUACAGAAACCCUACACACACAGGUCGUUAUCUUUAA